CUUGGCAACCACUUCCUCCGAGCAUCCUCGGCCAUCUUUAAUCUGGGGCCAUUCAAGAAAAGUUGUUUGGCUCAUGUAAACACGCCGAGCAAAACAUUUGCGCACAAAGCGGCGGCAUCGACGGCGCCGGUGCGCACGUUUCCAGCUGCACGCCAAACAGCACAGAGCAGAGCAGCAGAGCAGCAGACUGUCCGCAGAGACUCACUAAACACCGACAGCGAUGAGAAAGAAGCAGACUGCCAAACAGAGGAAGACAGAGGAGACUACAGUUGUCCAGGAGUUUGUGGUAGAAAAGAUCAUUCGCCGCAGAGUCUUUAAUGGAAGAGUCGAGUACUUUCUGAAGUGGAAGGGCUUCACAGAUGCAGAAAACACAUGGGAACCUGAGGACAACCUGGACUGUCCGGAACUCAUUGAAGAGUUUCUGAGAAACACCCACCACUCUGAGGAGAAUGAGGAAGAGUUAAUUCCCAAAGAAGAAAUGACAGAGCAAGAGACAGAAAUUUCCUGUUUGCAGCAGCAGGCUCACACUUUACAGAGAGACGGCGACAUGCUCGAGCCAAGCGAUGAGCAGUCAGAUGCCCCCACCGACCUCAGCACUUACCUCGUGCCUGAAUGCAUCAUCGGCUCCACAGACAGACAGGGAGAGCUCAUGUUCCUUGUCAAAUGGAAGAACUCGGAUGACGUCGCGCUGCUGUCUGCCCGUGAAGCGAGCGCCAGGUGUCCCCAGGUGGUCAUCGACUUCUACGAGCGGAAGCUGACCUGGCACUGUGGAGACGAGGAGCAGUGAAGUGUGUUAGUGUGACUGCAGAGGAGAAACCAGUAAACGUGCUGCGUUCUCACCUUAAGUUUAGUCUAAGCCUCCAUCGAGUGUCCUCCUCCUCCUCCUCCUCCUCUUCCUCCUCCAGCUGACAUUAGAGGCACGCUGUGUGAAAUUACAUCUCGCUGCAGGUGCAAAAACCUCAGAGAGGGCAAAUAUUUAGGGCGUCGAGUCCUGUGGUGCUCAAUAGGAGGUCACUGUGCCUUCUGUGGAGACUGCGAUGGAGACUCAAACUAACCUUUGUGCAGAGCAGCGUAAAAAGUAUAAAAGUCAGACUUGCCUGUAGCAUCUUUGGUCUCGUGUCAUGUAGCUGACACAAUCACUGUGGACGUGCGUUUUCUUUCGAGACUUACUGUUACUUAGUAAUGUAGUAUACACUGUAUAGCCUGAAGGAGACCUAGUGUGUGUGCAUCACUUUGUAUAGAGAAUUAACUCACUGUACCUCCUGCCCGGGGGUCUGCAACCUGCGGUUAUUUAGCCCCUCAGUGGUGGCUCCCUGUAGCUUUGGAAAAAAUGAUUUAUGGGAAUAAGUAACAUUUUUUUUUUAUUUUCUUUUUUCUUUCGAAAGGAACUCCUCUUUUUUUUUGUAGAGAUAAAGGUGAAACAUAAAAGUGUUUUAUACUAUGUCUACAGCAAGCCCACCUCCCACUGCCUCCUGUCUGCGCUCACAGGAGCAAGUCAACCUAAUCUAUUUUAUUUAUUUGUCAUAGAAAUAUGGAAUAACAUUCAUAUGAACAUGAAGAAGUAUGCAUUUGGAUUCAUGGCCAUCCUUGUAGAGGAUGAAAUCCAAAUCAAUCCAUUAUUAAUUUCAAAGUGGGUUAUUUUUCACUUCAACAAGGACUUGAGUAGCUCUGCGUGUGUUUUAUUUCAAAGUAGGCCUACACAUCCCAGUGUUCUUUUUUUCUCCAUUUUUCUUUUAAAAGCAAUUCAAUUGCAACAGAUUUCUUUUUCUAGUUGUAUAUAAAACUUUAUACAGCUCCCAAACAUGGCUCUUGAUAGUGAAGGUUGCAGACGCCCGUUUAGUCCAUUUAGCUGUUGGUUGUAGCUGAUGAUUGUGUAGUUGUUUGAACGUCUGUUGUUUCACCAUGUUGUUUGUUUUGUUGUGAGGUGUUUUUACAGUGUCUCACUGUACGACCCUUGUUGAUGGAGAGUAUUUCAAAAUGUCACUCUUCCUAGACGUGCUCCUAUGUACCAAGUGUUUUCUUCUCAUGGAAUGAAAUGUUGGCUUUUAUGCAAAGUAAAAAAAAAAAAAAGAUUAUAAUUUUGGUGCUUUUUAAACAAAGUAAAACAUAGCGGCAGAAUUGUGAAGAUUCUAAACGCUGAUUUCAAAAUGUACAUUUUGUGAGCCUAGCGGUGGCUGAGAAGAGUGUUAAGCGUAGCACUUUAGAAAUGAGACUGUCUAAUUAUGAAGGACACUGUAACUAUGGAGACAUGUACCUGUAUCCUGAUAGCACUGUCCUGACUCGACAUAUCUCCCGUUAUUGUUAUGGGACACUCAGCUGAUCCUUCGACCUCCUAAAACACUCCUGCUACUGAACCACUGUAACUGUUGACCAUAGAUCUGUGAAGUCUCUGUGAAUAAAAGGAAAAAACAAACACAAAAA